AGGCAUAUAAGCUCUAAUUUCAUGGGGGUGCGGCUCCUCCGGCUGAUUUUUUCCUUGUUCUCGCGUCUCUGUGCCCCUCACCUUUUUGUGCAAUCAAUCGUCUGAGGGAGGGCGAGAGAGCGUGGACUCCGUUGUAAUCGCCCCUUGUUAGACUUUGGUGGAUCGGCGAGUAGCGGCGGUGCGGUGGCGAUGGCUAAGAAGAGGAAAUCGGACGCGUCGAGAUUGGAUGAGGUUGAUCGGACCAUGUACUCGACCUUCUGCAGCGCUGCGAACUCUCUUUCGCAGAUUUACACGCAGGCGAUGAGCCAGCAGAAGCUCGCUUUCCAGGCCGGCGAGCGCCACGGCUUGGAGAAAAUCUACCAGUGGAUUGUAAGGCAACAUGAAGAAGGUUCCAGAAUUACAUUAGCUGAUAUAGUUGGCUAUUUGCAGAAUGAGAUUGAUGAUGGUGGACAUGAUACAUCAGCAUCUCCAAGAGUGCAUUACGCUGGCCAGCAACCCCAAGCUGCCUCUCCCCUAUUAACCCUAAACAUGCAGACCCCUAAUGGCCUACAUGGUUCUUCAACCGUCGGGUUUCCAACUCGAUCAUCCAAUCAGGCUGAACAAUCAAAGAACUCAGUCUUUUCAAAUGCUCUUUCAAGCCCUGUUCGUAGGAGUCUCCAACCAUUUCAGCUUGCUCAAGCUGAUGACUUCUAUUUGGCCGGCGGCACCAUGCCUUCUGGUGCAGGAGCUCGGACCAACGAUGGCAACCGGGAGACCAACUCCCAUGAUUCAUCCAUGGACAUGCAUUCAGAUAGUCCAGCCCAUGACUCAUAUUGAGGAAAUCAAGAAAUUAGUUGUGAAUAAAAUUGCUUGGAGGACAUGCUCUGCCUAUUGCUGUGAUGAAUUUCAAGGGAAAAAAAAA